GUCAGUAUUGCAUAUAAAAACUUGAUCUGUCACAGUAACGAUUGCAACGAUACGUCGUAUAAUUCAUAUUUUCAUUGGUCGUCAACCUAACCUCUAUUUUUAUUACUUAUGCCUGUCGUGUGUUCCAGCAUUGGUUCCAGUAACGUUCCAGUAAGCAAAGCCAAAUGCGUAGUUGUGCGUCCUAUUGUGUCGGAACCACUGACCUCUUGGUCGGAACUCUAUCCGAAUGGGAAAUCAAAUGUUUCAUUUUUCCAAGUUCUCCACCCAUAGGGAAAAAUGGGUUGAAAACGUUGGUCGGUUUGGCUGGAGUCUACAAAAGUAUUCGACAUCGUGCAACAGAAUACUGACGAGACAAACGGUCCUCGGCCGCCCAUCAUCAUGAAGCUAGACGCUCCAGAAGAAUCUAGUGAAAAUUCAGCAAAUGAGGAAGGGGAUGGACAAUCAACGGAACCAGGUUCUCCAAAUUCAGGUUCUACAAGCAAAGUUCCGGUUUUAGCAGCAUCAAAAUUUGGCAAUUCUUUUGGAAUGAGCGAAUUCUCAAACUCUAGUAAACCAAAAUCCGCACUUCUAAGGCCAUCCCAGCUUAGCGCAGUCACGAAUAACCCUGGACCUGGACCGUCAACCAAGAAUCCAUUACAGCCAGCUAAAUUUCAUAACCCAUUUGCAAAAGUAACAAACGUAGAUGAGGAGCUCGUUACUGAAGCAAAUAAGACAGAUAAAAAUGACAGCAAAAGUGAAACUAGAAGUAAAGAGGAUACCAAACCAAAGUUUUUACCUCUUGGUGUAAAUACAAAGGAUAACGAAAAUGGCAUAAGUAAUUCGAUCGCCCCCAGUGCCUCUACCCCAAGUUUUAUUUUUGGACAAAAUUUAAAGGAACGAGUAGCCGUUGCUAAUGAUGCUGAAGUUUCAAACAGCUCCGAAGAGCACGAGACAAAAGAAGAAGAAAGUAACGAAAAUGGAUCAUCAGAAAUGCUGUUCACUAGUGCUGCUACCGUUUGUCGAAGUACUAGUCGACCUGGCCUAACACUUUCGCAGGCUGCGCAAGAAUUAGAAGAAGCUAGCCGGGCUAAUAAACGUAAAUACAGUCAGGUGACACUGCUAACUGGGGAAGAGGGUGAAACCAAUGUCCUGCAAAUCAACUGCAAGCUCUUUGCUUUUGACAAGGGCACAAGCGGUUGGCAGGAAAGAGGAAGAGGAAGCCUGCGAUUAAACGAUAGAGAUGAAGAGUCGAGAUUAGUGGGGAGGGCGGCUGGGACUCAACGGCUAGUUUUAAAUACAAAAGUUUGGCCUGGAAUGACUGCCGAAAGGGUCGGCACUAAAUCCUUGAGACUUACAGCAAUGGAUGUUCACGGAGACAUUAGAAUCUUCGUUGUUCAGGCUGCCACGAAGGAAGUCGAUCAGCUACAUAGUCUCCUAAUGCAGAGAUUACAUCGUGCUCAAGAUCGUCAGCCGAAGAAAUUAGCUACAGAUCACUGAGUUUUAAGAAUCACUGACCCUAAUGGAACGGUACCCUUACCUCGACUCGACUGGGUCGGAAUUUAUCAAGGCGUUAAAAAACAAUACUUGUUUAUGACGUAAGGUCCGGAUAGAAGCGUGCUUUAUACAACAAAUAUGAUUUGUGCAUUGAUUCAAAAAAUUUCUAGCCUCUACAUCUGCAGCUGAGCUGUGGAUUUUUGCCGUUUAUGAGCAUAGGUCUCGAGUACUGGCCGUAUAAAUUGUCACUACUGUCGUAUUGAUGCAUGAAACUAUUUUUCGAAUCAUUCCCAGUUUGUACGGUAAUUCUUUUUCUUUUGUUUUUUUACUCUGAGUUUGUUACUUGGUUUCUAUUCAACGUCAAUGGAAAGGGUUCUUGAGGAAGAGCAACAAAUAUAUAUAAGUAAUUAAAAUAUAUAAAUCUAUACACACGAGCAUAUAUGUAUACAGAGAUUGUGUGAAUCAGAGAAAAGAUCUAGAUGGAGAUUUCAAUUAAUCAAUUCCGAGCAUAAUACAUAUUUUCUCAUUUAUGUUCAUAUUGUACAUAGAAUUGACGCCGCAAAAUAAUCUCUAUCUGGUAGUGAUAAAUGAUAAUUAAGGGUUUCUUCUUUUGCUAUCCACCUCGUGUUAUGAAAUGUUUGUUUGUUUUGCUUUUUUUUUUAAUAGUUUCACAAUCUUAACUCUGUCUUACGCACGCUCUAAAUGGCUCCUUGUUAUAAAGAAGAUACGAAUUUUUUAAAGUUGAGAAAAAACUGAACACCUAAUCAUUUGAGGCAUACAAUUUUCAGUAAUUUAAAUGGACAUUCUAUCAAAUUAUCAAUAUUAGAUUAAGCGAUAGAAAAUGUGUAAUUGCCGGCUAGAAAAAAGAUACAAAGCGCAUUGUACAACUCGUCAAAUGCGUUAAAAUACAGAAUUUCCAUAAAAUCCA